CAAGUUCUCAUGGCUCUUAUCAGCGUAAUGAAGCGUAAACAGUGUCUUACAGCAGAGAGAAUUUUAGCUGUAAUGGCAUCAUAGUCUUAUCUCCUGGUAAUUUUUUCUCUUUCAAAAACCGUCGGCCCAGAGAAUGAGAGGAAAAAUGAGCGUUGCUUACGGACAGUACUAUCCCAUCGUCGCUACCAACACCGCCGUCGCCGCCGCCGCUUGUCCAUACUUCUGCACCUGCAAGCCUACAAUCUGGCAGUGCUCAAGCAGCAGCUCGAUGACCUGGCCGCUGGAUAAUCAACCGCAUGUCGUUGUGAGAGGUGUGAAGAUGUUGGAUAUGACAGGAUCGGAUGUGAAUGUGCUCCCGAAUUGGCCGCCAACCCAUAAUUUCCCGGAUUUGCAACUGAUCUUCCUGGUCAACACAAUUUUUGACGGUUAUCAAUGUCGUGAAUUGGAGUGCCUGGAGAAACUGGGUCUGAAGAUCAUCGCUCCCCGAUGCGGAAAAGACAAGCGUAACGGCUGCGCGUAUGCCCCGUGCUGUCCGUGGUCCAGCCGCCCUACACCAACCGGGUUUCCAACACCCUGGCCUUUGCCAUAUCCGCCCAAAGUCUUCACUACCACCCAUGCUGCUGCCGCUAUAACUACAACAACGGCCGGGGCGGUGGCGCCUGCGGCAAGCACAAAAAUUGUGCAAGCGACGAUUACAUCACCUGCCCCUUUAUUAAUUACGGUUAGGCAAGAGAGCAAAAGCAGUAGCAGCAGCAGUAGCAGCAGCAGCAGCAGCACCACCACCACCACGACAGAAUCGGCAUUUACGUCGAGUAGUAGCAGUGGCAACGACAACGAUGACGACGACAACAACUACAACAACAACAAAGCCAGCCACAGCAGCAGCAGCAGUGCACCACUUCUGGAUACUAGCGGAAUAAUCGGGAUCGCUGUGGGAAUUGUCCUGCUCGUCCUGGCUAUCCUGGGAUGCGCGGCAUCACGCUACAAUUUAUUUCAGCGCUGCAUGAGGUCCUGGCCGCCAGGAUCCGCUGCAACAACAGCUUCGCCUCAUCAUCCACCUUGUCCAAAUGACGACGUUACCGGGUUUGACGGCAUUAACACCGCUGACCCUAACCAGGAGUGGGAAAAUGUGAAUUUGCGACUCGACAACAGUAUUAAUCGUCUAGGCGAAAGAGUUAGUGUCAUGCGGGCAGCUCUGUCUCGCGGAGAACAACAGCAGCCGCCGCCACAACUACCGCACAGGCAGCCGGGGAAUUUUUCCCUGGAAAGCGUUUCUGGAAGCAACCCACCAUCAGAUUCCUCUUAUCACAGCGCCAUCGACCCGGAGCGAUACAACAACACAGACCGGGAAGCUGUUAACGAUAGUAUGGCCCAUUUCGUGGAGAAUAUGGAUGAACGGACCAGAAGACUGUCUGCUGUGUGGAGCCGAAGCGUGACGGACCCAGCCUUUCCCGCCCAUAUGGCCGCCUUCUCGACCAGUAUUCUGUAUGAUACUGUUGCAAGUGGACCGGAAGGAGAGCGUCAGAUGGCUGAUGGAAUUCGAGCGUGGCGCGAAAUGGACUUGGAAGUUCGGGCACAGGGUGGUCCAAGCGAUGAAUUUGAAGCGCAGCGUGAAGAAUUCAAACGUCGCCGCGAGCGUUUCAAGCGACUUCGGCGUCAGACACAGUAAUUCGAUCAUCGGUUGCGUUUCCUUGAUUGAUACAUUGUAUGUAUAUACCUAUACCCACACAAUUUUGUAUUUUAAUACCCAGAACUAAGGUUUUGAAAUU